CGACAGCCGUGGUUGCUGGCAGUAAACGGCUGUCACGUCGCCUUCGAUUCGAAGACAGAAUCUUUUGCGUGUCAACAUCGAGUGUUGAUUAAACAAUUCGCGCGGCCUUUCCAGCACCCAAUCGGGCAUUUGCGAUCUCACCACCCGAGCAAUGCAGCAGCGCGUCCUCACGAGCCGCGACCUCAUGGCCACGAUCUUUGCGUACCAAGCGGGCUACGACGGCUUGUGCCAGACGCUGCCAGCCAAGUGGAUGACGUCCGCUGCGAGCAUUGAAGCCGCGCUGAGCACGACCACGGGCAGCGGCAUCCGCGACUUUCUCGGCUUCAUCGACACAUCCGUCCACGCCGUCAUGCGUGCAUGGCACGCCCGACAUGGCCCGCGCGGCCUCCUACGACUCGCCGCCUGCCGCCACCCGAUCGUGCCCAUUCUGCUCGACGAAGCGCUCGCGACGGGUCACUACGACCGGUGGCUGUUGCUCGUGACCGCGCAGCCAACGUUCCUUCCGAUUUCGCAUGUCACGUGGCACGACGCCGGCUUUGCCAGUACGUGGCGGCGCUCGACGCUCGACGUGGCGGUCGUUCGCGGGUCGCUGCCGUUUGUGCGCUUCUUGCACUUGCACGGCGUCGUCGGUUCGUGGUGGGUCCUCGACUGGGCCGCCGAGCACGGCCAGCUCGACAUCCUGCGCUACUUGCACGCGACCGGUCGGUACUUUUGCACGCCGCGCGCCAUGGACCUUGCCGCGCACAAUGGUCACUUGGAGGUCGUCAAGUUCCUCCACUACUUUCGCCGCGAGGGUGGCAGCACGUGGGCGAUCGACUGGGCUGCGAAGAACGGCCACCUCGACAUUGUCGAGUUUCUACAUCGGAAGCGCGAUGAAGGCUGCACGGUCGACGCGCUCACGGGCGCUGCGGCCGGCGGCCACCUCGCUGUCGUCCAGUUCCUCUUUGCGUACCGCCACGAAGGCGACGUCACCGCAGCGCUCGAAGCCGCGGCCAGUCACGGCCACCUCCACGUUGUGCAGUUUCUCUGCGACUGCGUCGGCGGCGCACCGCGCUCUGUGCGGCAGCAAGCCCGCGCCCACCACCAAUGGGCGGUCCUAACUUAUCUCGGCCACCAGCGCGAAGUGCGUGACUGCUCGUAUGCGUAAUCUAUUGUAUUGAUACACACCGUGUUUAUGCAGCAGCGCGCGCGACGCCGUGUUGAGGUCAACACGCACGGUCGGCUACAAGACACGCGCCAGUGGAGCCCAAGUGUCUCGGUCGCGUCAACGGUGUCGCGGGCUCGCGGAAGCGCCUGCCUCCUUCCUGCCAGCGGUCACGUCGGCGCGGGCUUCAACGACCGACCUCUCCUUCGUUCAAACAGCUGCAAGGACUUCUUGAGCUAAUACCUUAAAACCUGACUGCUCUGUCAAUGUCACUGUUUGGCUCUACGACGGCCAGCUACGAUGGCCUGGCACAGGGUGGGGACUCCUACCAAGGCCACAACUACCUCAAAUACCCUCGACCACAAACUCCCUCGACCGUAGCGAGGCCAAGAUACCGCUUCAAAACAUCGACAAGAGGACGUAGAACUAGCGCGGUUAAUGCUCGGUAUGGUUGUUGCA